AUGUAUUCUAUUCAUUGUUUCAGUUCCACCAUGACCCAUCUCAUUUUGUUGCUUGGACUUCUGAUUGUUGCAAACUUUAGUGGUUCUAGAGCUGAAAAUGCCUUUUCACAAUACUGGGAAGAGCAUAUUGGCCUUCCACACCCUCCACAUUGGCUUGCUGCAAAGGCUUCUCCAUUGAGCCUCUAUCAAAUGACAAUGUUUAUGAAGCUUAUGGAGAAAAAUGAGAUUGCUUCCCACCUGCGCUCAUUUUGUAAGCAAGCUAAUAUUGCUUGUUCUACAAAUGCACUGGUGAAGAAGACAAUAAACGACACAAGCUUGCCACCAAUAUCCCAUUGGAAUGAUCUCAAACUGAAAUAUGAAGGCCUUCCAAAUGAAACACCCUUGUCGGUUGCCAGCCAAGGGGGAUUGCCCUUUUUCCGGGAGUCAAUGGUGCAAGAAGGAGGUUUCAUGUCUAUACCUGAUCUAAGGGAUCCAAUGUCAUAUAAAUCAUUUUUACCGCGACCUUUGGCAUUAAAAAUCCCAUUUUCCUUUGCAUGGAUUGAGGAAUUGAAAAAGAUUUUUGAUGUGGUGGAAGAAUCAAACAUGGAUGAGUAUAUUCAAGACACUCUCAAGAAAUGUGAAAAGAGUCCUAAUAGAGGAGAGCAGUGCAUCUGUGCUACUUCUGCCGAGGAUCUCAUUGAUUUUGUUGUUGAGAAAUUAGGGAACCAUGUACGCGCAUGGAGUACUGAGAGCAUUGAAGGAUCUUGUAAGAAUGUCACAAUUGGAACUAUGAAACUAAUAUAUGGAAACCUCUCUGAACCACCAGCCCUAUGCCAUAGUGAGCCAUUCCCAUUUCAAGUCUAUUAUUGCCACAUUCUACGUAAUGUAAAAGUAUAUGCAGUUGAUAUACGUUCCAAAAAAAAGGUGAAUCAUGCGAUCAUGACAUGCCACUAUGACACAUCAACUUGGAGUCAAAACCAUCUUGCUUUUAAGCUGUUGGGUUUUGGCCCAGGCAUAAUUGAAGUCUGUCAUUGGAUAAAUGAGAAUGGAGUGGUCUGGACAAAAGCUCUAGGUUGAGCAGCAUUAUAAAGAUUUGAUUAUCUUCAGUUCCCUUGUUUUCAAUUAAAUGUUACUGCUAUUUGAAGGAUAAAUAAUGAUCUAUUUUUCCUUGCUUAUUA